CGCCGUGCUCGCAGUCAUUCCACGGACAUCCACCAGCACAGAUCGUCGCAGCCGCCAUGGGUACAUUCCGACGUCACACCACGACGAUGAUCGCGAUCGCCACGGUCCUCGCUAUUCUCGCCGCCGAGCCGGGCGUCUCGAGAUCGGUGAACAUUAGUAGUUCUUGGUUGUUGCCACAGAACGAGUUUCCGGUAUUCUAUCGACAUUUCAGAGACAGAGUGACAUGGUUUGAAGCUGAUGCAGUAUGCCAAUUCCAUCAUGCUCAACUAGCAACAGUCGAAUCCAAUAGUCAGUUUGAAGCAAUUCGUAGUUAUCUGAAGGAAUUGGACGUUACCGAAAAUGUUUGGAUUGGUCUGAAGCGUAACAGUGAGGCUAGUGAAUUUACAUGGACCAAUUACCAGCCACUAGCAAGGAGCGGAUACUUUAGAGAAGAGGUUCCACGUUCGUUGGACCCGGUUUGCGUAGUCACCGACCCGACAGUCAAUUUCAAAUGGCACAGUUUACACUGCGGCGGCCCAGAAGUAGCGUCGUUUGUCUGCGAACUUCCUGUACCAUAUUGGGCAUCCAAGAGCAAUGGUUGCAUGACAAGUAUGAUGGAAGGUAUGACUGUGACAUUUUUGCCGGAGAGUCCUGCCAUUCAACUCACCAAAGAAUGCAGUCCGGGAGUUUCCAAAAAUGUGACUUGCAGAGGAAAUAUGAAUCAAUCUGAAAUAAUUGAACAGUUAAGUUGUCCAAAUUCAAAUAAAUUAUUGAAGACAAUAAUCAAACCAAUUAAGCCAAUUCUAACAGACGUCAAAUUAAGAACAACAACCUCCAGCUCUGAAUCAGACGUCGAAGAUUACGCUAUAGAGAUGGCCACAAUCGCUCAGUAUAACGACGAAACGAUCCAGUCGAUAUCGAAAGUGAUGGGACGCGGUAUCGACGGCCUGGUCAACUUGCCGCAAGAGAUGUCCAUAGCUCAGGAGCCGAUAAAAGUUUCCGGCCGCGGCCUUUUCGACACCAACGGCAUCGACUCCGCAUUCAUCGGUGGCACGGCUGAAAUCACUGCCAGCACGACCACUCACCACGCUCCAGCCGUCACCACCACCACCACCACCACAACCACAACCACUACCACCACCAGUGUUCCAAGCACCACCACCACCGGUAUCCCUAGCACCACCACCACUGGUAUCCCCAGCACCACCACUACCACCGUUAUCCCCAGUACCACCAGAAAUCUCCCCAGUACCACUACUAACAAACCGAGCACCACCACCAACGUCCCCAGCACCAUCACUACCAGCAUCCCCAGAACUACCAUCACCAGUAUUUCCAGCAAUACCACCGGCUAUACCACUAUUGGAAGCGUCACUACCGCAAGCACCACUACUGGUAGAACCACCACCGACUCAACGACCAUCAGUACAGCCACUAGAACUGAGUCCAAGCAAACGGAAUUAGACGUGGACGCCAUCGAUUCGGCGACAACCGCAAACCGAGUAGUGCCGCAGACUGUGGCCAACAACGUGAAGACGGCUGCUUCUACUAGCGCGACCAUAACGAACACCGGAAAACUCACCACCGUCCACGCGACUACCGUAAGCCCUCCGACCACCUCGUCAUCCACGGUCAUCAGGAUGUCGACCUCGACGGACCAACCGUCAGCGACGAUCGCGCUGAACAGUCCUAUCGCCACGGUCACAGUCAACACCAGCGCCACCACUACGACUGUCAGCAGUGGCGGCCACCAUCAUCAUCACCACCAUCAUUCGAGCACCACGGCCAGGAGUCCGGUCACCACAAGACCUAACUUGACCACCGAGAAAGCGAUACUCAGUACUACCGCGAGAAAUCCGACCACCACGUCAACGGUAGCCGCGGUGACUCGGCGACCGGUCACGUCCACCGUCAAGAUCCCUUACACGAUGGCCGCCAAGGCGACGACUCAGGUGCCGCAGGUAAUACGCGUGUACAAGAAGACCGAACUGCCACCGAUGGCCACCGACAGCAGCCGCAGCAGCGACUUUGACGAUUUCCCGUACAAGCCUGUCAACUACACGAACGCCGCCCGAAAGCCAUUUGAGACAGCCACCAGCACUCCCAUGACCCGAUCCGUAAUCAUCACCAACACCCCGUCAACCGGUUCGGUCAAGACAUCCACGACGGCUCGUGCAACCACGGUCGGUUCGACUUCCACAUCCGCGGAACCGGCCGCGCCCAGCAACGACACUUCGGCCACGGCCACCGGCGCUUCUGGCACGUACGACGAUAACAACUGGGACCCGACACCAUCGUCGUCGCCACCUACCGUGGCCGCGGACACCACAACCGCCAUCGUCAAUCCGUACCCGCCGUCUCCGUCACCAUCGAUCGCCGCACCGCAGUCAUCCACGUCCUCGAGCACCGCCAAUCACCGGAAGGCCAACGGCUACGACGCGUACACCGACCACCCGAACCGCAGCCGUCACAUCAUUCGCCCCAAACAGCAUCACCACUCGUACCCGUACAUCUUGUACAGACUUCUGGGGUGAAUCGGCCGACCCCAAUAAUCGCGGUUCGCUGUCGUCUUCACCGUUUCCGUUUCGUCCCUCUACUGUCGUGGUCGCGUCGUUUUCCCCGUCACCAUCCACCCGUUCAUACCGUGAGAUAAAAUAUCUAUAGUUUAUCAAAGCCAUCAAAAACCUUCUCGCACCACAUCUCCAAAUCCAUCCGUCCCGACCGUCUCACCCGUUCGUCCGCACCUACAGCGCCUUCAACGUAAACGUUUUCUCUCGAUAUCUAUAACAACCGUUAAUACCUAACCGUUUCGCUUGAAAAUCCUUUUAUACGUUCAUCGUACGCAUUUAGUAGGCAAGUACACUCCGACGGCACAUGCCACUCGCAUUUUAAACGCAAUCCGUCUGUAGCUGAAACGUCUGCAAUUAACAAUGUUAAUGCGAGCCCACCUUUAAGACCGUCUUAAUGCAUUAUCGAUUCACACCCACAACGUGACAAACUCAACACGAUAGCGUACGCCGAUCGUACAACGAUUUUUUAUUCCCGUUUGAUUUCACAACUGCAGCUCUAACGUCUUAACCACUCCAAUGUUGUUUCAUUCGUGUUUAUUCUUUUUUUUUCGAUUUUAUUUCCAAUCCCAUACCUUAGAUAUUUAAAUGAGUAUUAAAAUUGUAUCCAAUAUUAUCCAUAUAAACUAGUAACGAAAUGUGUUGGACAAUUCAAUUGCUGAAACAAAACAUCAUCGUGUGCGGUAAAGAAUAUUAUUGUAUCGUAAAAUAAUUUCAAAUGCAUCGGUUUAAGUACGCUUUUCUAGUGAUUUUCCUUUAAAUUAUUAUACAUAAAUUAAUAUGGCUUCGAUUUCAAAAAUAAAAAAUAAAUGUAGGUACAAAAGUUUUUUCGUUUAGUUUGAUUUCAAUCAUAUCAAAAUACGAUAGCAUACUUGUGUUUCCAUAACAUCAACAAUAUUUUAGUUCUCCACAAGUAUCGAUAAAUUAU